ACUCCCACCUGAUCCACCCGACUCAGCAGACUCGGCAGAAGAUUCAGAAGACACAGACUCGGCGUCACUACCGUGUUCCUCCUCUUCAUGACCACCACCUCCGUGGCCGCCGCCGCCAUGGCCGCCGCCUCCAUGGCCCCCACCAUGGCCACCUCCGUGACCCUUGUCCUUUUUCUUCUCUUUGAAUCCCAACUGCUUCAUCAUCUUCUUCUCCAAGAACUUGAACGCCUUGUCACCCAUGGAUUUCUCCUUCUUCUCUCCCUUCUCGCCCUUCUCCUUGUCUCCUUUGUCUCCCUUCUCCUUGUCGCCCUUGUCCUUAUCCUUCUUCUUAUCGCCGUCGUCGAGGCCGAGCAUACCUAGGAAACUAGGUUCUUUGCCUUUCUUCUUGUCAUCGGAUCCGAACAUACUGAACAACCCACGAUCUACCUCCUUGUCCUCUUUAUCUUUCUUGUCUUCUUUCCCUUCUUUCCCUUCCUUGUCCUUAUCCUUCUCUUUUUCCUUUUCCUUCUCGGGUUCAGGAUUAUGCGGGGGCGGUGGACCCCCAUAGUAUGCGCCUGCGGCACCACCAGGGACGCCGCCUGGAGCAUUCGGAUCGUGGAACUGCUGCUGCGGAGGUGGAUACUGCUGAUCGUGCUGAGGUGGUGGGUAUCCGCCAGCGUUGUAUGGUGGAUACUGUCCUCCAGGUGGGCCGUACGAUUGCUGCGGCGGGUAUUGGCCGUAUGGUGGUUGCUGGCCGUAGGGUUGCUGCUGUGGAGGGUAUUGACCGUAGGGUUGCUGUGGUGGCGGGCCUCCGCCGCCGUAAAAAUCGUUGGAUGACAUGGCGUAGAGGGAAGCGCGCUCUGAUAUUGAUUUGCGCCUUCUUUUGGUGGUAGGUAUUGGAAGCAGGUAAGAGUGAAGAUAACCAAGUUUUGUAGUUCCGCGAGUUCGCAAGAGGUGGCGGGGAGUGUAAACAACAAGGU